AUGCUCAGCUGCGAAUAUCUCCCUGAUAGUAAAGCCCAGCCCCCAGUCUUUUUCGCCUGUCCCUUUAACAACACCGACCCGGUAAAAUUCCAUGAGUGUAGCCACAUUCGUCUUCGCCGACUAAGCGAUGUCUCCUUGCACCUCGAACGGUGUCAUACGCUACAAGAGAUGAAACUUUGCACAGCUCAAGGGGCCCAGGAAGCCAUUAGGAAUGGAAAAGAGAAAGGCAAUUGCAGAGAAUCCAAAGACGUCAAGGUCUACUGUACGAUUUGUCGUCUGAUGUUCCGUGGCGGUGACGCGGAGGUUGACCCCGAACGCCACCAGGCCGAAAGCAUCUGCCAGCUAAAGACCAUUGAAGAGACAGGAAUGUUGCUACCUAAAGAGCUCGAAAGAGUCCUUGCUGAACGCUCCAGCGCGACGACGAGCCCUGAAGAUAAAUGGUACGCUAUGUGGAAUGUGUGCUUUCCACCUCUGACAACGACAAGAUUUCGAAAUGUCCCAGUGUCCCCAUAUGUCCAGAUAACCGCCGCGCGCGAGGUUGCCAAAACACUCAUUCGCCGGGCCCUGGGCAAACUGCGUAUUCCGAUGGAGGACCAUAGGUCCGCUUUCGAUGAGAUUGUCAGCGGACUAUACCCUGUUCAGUUUGGAGCAGACGCCAAAGUCAAGAAGAUUGUCCAUGAUCAGCAGAUAAAGCGAACUUCAGCACUCCAGGAAGCGGAAUUUGAUGAGUUCUGCCGAUCAACUCUCGGCUCCUCAGAAGUGACACCGCCAGGUGUUUCGUCCACCGAUCCUGUGCACCACGAACAACAACACACAAUAGAGCAAGGAGACAAUGGGAUGAUGAGUCUCUCGAACCUGCUUCCAGGAGAGCCAGACCUGUUGCAACGGUCGUACCCUACCAUACCUUCACACUACUCUCUUCCCGAAGUUCAAGGCCCCUUCCAGAUGACUAGUUCUGCGCAUGGGCAGUAUAUGGAUUUGGAUGACUAUGGCCCUUCAAACGGGUACAAUGGCGGUUUCAGUGACGGCUAA